UAGUUCAUUGAAGGUGCUGUGUUGUUGUUGCGGUGGUUGCCGCGUGCGCAUGCUGAUCGAAUAUUCAAACAAAUGUUUGUCUAAGUACGUUGCGGAUUUUACUAAAUGUGUUUUUAAGUAAUUGGACUUCACUUGGAUUUUUGAUACUAGGACGAGUUUGCACCUGAGUGCCAAUAUUCAGUUAAAAUGGCUAAUUGUUAUCUUCUACUGGCUCUUUUCAUUGGGAGUCAGGGAUUAUUCCUGAACCUGCACUCGAGUUUGGCGCAGAGUGCCCUCACUGGAUCUCCGGUACUCCAUAUCACUGGUCCUGGGGCUGAGUUUGCGAAGGUAGUAACGCUUGGACCCACACCCCAGAGAUUAUCAGUAACUGGAUUCGGCAGACCAGAGGGAGACAUCAGGGAAGCACAAGCCAGCACUGUAAGUUUCAGCAAUCCACCACCACCGUUGGGAUCAGGACAGGAUCCCGCUACUCAAACCUGCGGUCUGGCUCCACCAUUUUGUACAAAAUCACGAUAUAGAUCUAUAGAUGGAUCUUGUAAUAAUUUCUUGAGACCAUCGUGGGGUACACCACAGACACCGUAUGGACGUCUAUUGCCCUAUAAUUAUGCCGAUGGUAUCAGUGCAAUGCCAUUGUCCUCAUCAGGGCGUUCUUUGCCGAAUCCUCGUGACAUCAGCCUUCGGUUGUUCCCUGACAGACAGCUAGUCGAUCCUAUUUGGAAUUUGAAUGCUCAACAAUGGGGCCAAAUUAUUACCCAUGAUAUGUCCCUCACCGCAGGUGUCACGCAAUCUCACAAGGAGAGCAUAAUUUGCUGCGAUGAUAAUGGCCAAUUAGCUGUGGAUGCGAAAACAAACCCGACAUGCGCGCCCAUCCUCAUACCACCGAAUGAUCCUGUCCAUGCACCUCAAGGAACUCAGUGUAUGAACUUUGUCAGAACGGGCACAACAAGGUCAAGAGGAUGCACGCCUCCCAAUGCACCUGCUGAGCCCAUUUCAACAGUGACAGCGUACAUGGACUUAUCAUUGGUAUAUGGUAGUAGUGCAUCUCAAGCGGCUCCAAUCAGAGCCUACUCGGGUGGUCGUCUGCUAACCGUAGUAAGGGGGGGACAAGAAUGGCCCCCACAGGACCCCAACAUCACGGUCACCUGCGAAACUGCUCUGUCGCCUAACGAACCGUGUUAUUUGACUGGUGAUAUAAGAACAAAUCAAAACCUGCAGUUGGCGGUGCUCCAAAUCGUGCUUUUGCGUGAACACAACCGCAUCGCAGACGUGCUGGCAACACUUAACCGACAUUGGGACGACGAAACCUUGUACCAGGAAGCUAGGAGAAUACAUAUAGCUGAAAUACAACAUAUUAAUUAUUAUGAAUAUCUACCAAUAUUCCUCGGCUUUUUUUUUGAGAACAUGGUGAAAAACAAGCUGAUCUACCCAGGAGUUCACGGUUACGUUAAUGAUUAUAACCCUAAUGUGGACCCGUCGAUACUUGAUGAGCACGCCACAGCUGCUUUUAGACAUUUCCAUACUCUAAUUCGAGGAUUCUUAAAACUGAUUACGGAGAAUCGUUCUCAUACUGGUACAGUGCGUAUUAGCGACUGGUUCAACCGACCUCUGUUGUUGGAACUUCACAAUUCAUUCGACAAUUUGGCUAGAGGUCUUACAGCACAGCCGCAAGACUUCAGUGAUCAGUUCUGGGAUAGCGAAAUAACACAAUUUUUGUUCAAACGUAACAACACGUUUGGUGGCGACUUGCGUGCAACUGAUAUACAACGAGGUCGUGAUCAUGGCCUGGGAGGGUACGUGGCUACCCGUGCAGCCUGCGGUCUACCUGUUCCGCAUAGCUUCCAUGAUAUGCUUGACUACAUCUCGCAGGAGAAUGUAGAAGUUUUACAAUCAAUAUACGAGGCGCCUCAAGACGUAGAUCUUGUAGUUGGUGGUUCGUUGGAGAGGAAUGUGCCAGGCGCCCAAGCUGGUCCCACCUUCCUCUGUAUCCUUACGGAGCAAUUCUAUAGAACAAGAGUAGGUGACCGGUACUUCUAUGAGAAUGGAGUGGAUCCUGUUACUGCUUUUACGCCAAGUCAAUUAGAGGCCAUCCGCCGAGGGGCGUCCAUGGCGCGGCUCUUGUGCGAUAACGUGGAUAGCGUACAGAUAAUGCAACCAAAAGCCUUCCAACAGAUUAACCCAGAAAACAAGCUAACACCAUGUACAAAUUUACCUUUUGUGGAUCUAACAUUAUGGCAAGAUGCAAGAAGAAAUGGGAAAUAGCGUAGUAGAUCUAAAUUAAAACAUGUUCCAAAUACAUUAAGGUAUUUAUUUGUACGAUGAAGUUACCACACCGUAUCAUUGCAUAACUCCUUAUUGCGAUAAAUUUUUUUAUCUGUUCUUAUUGAAUAAAAAUGGAAAAAAUGGUCAUCUUGCCUUAUUUAUUCGAAUGUAAGUUUCUAUUUGGAUAUUUAAUACCAAUUAUAACUCGUGAUUUCGUUCUUGUGACCGAGAUAUAUUGAUUGUCCGAGAAAAGUGCCUAGCAAAUGUCAUUCCGCAUCCUAAUUACUACCGCCAUAUUAAAGUUUUAAAUGUUAUAAAAAGGAAAACAUACGUACUUUCAGAUUUAUAAUAUUAUUAAGGAUUAUUGAUCAUGGUAUGGUAAUUUUCAGUUUUUAUUUCAGAACUGUUGUCUCUACCAUUAUUUUUUUUAAAAUGAGUGUUGAGCGAUAUUGUUAUUUAGAAUAAGCUCAAGAACAUAAUAAAAGAUUAUGUACAUAACCUAUAAUUAUAGGCAUGGUAGUGAAAAUAGUUGUGGUAAUUGUACAAACUAAAAACACUAACUAACGUUUGACACGUAGUUUUGUUUUAAUUUAUAAUGAGCUCAAUUUUAAUUUCGUCAAGUUAAUUGUAGAUCUACUUAGUGGGACCAAGUAGAAGUCUUAUAAUUACUUUGAAAAUUUCCUAUUUAAAUCUUAUUCUUAUAUAAUAUAUAGAAACUAUAUAAUGUUUUGCUCACGCGGUUCUUUAAACAAUUUGCCUACAGAAUUAUAAGAGGCUGGUAAUGUACUGGUAACCUCCGUUCGGUGCCAGUAUUCAUGGAUGACGGUAGUCACUUCCCAUUAGGCGGACCCACAGCUCGUUUGUCUCUAUAUAAAAAAUAUACUAAAUACAUUUGUAAUUCUUACUUAUAUAAGUAUACAUUAUAAAAAAACAUUAUAAAUUAUUAUUCAUAUAAUUGUCAUACUUCCUCCUACCUAUAAACCUACGACAUUUAAGUGGGGCGUGAAGAGAUACAUUUGUAGACUAUCAAAAUAACAGUCGCUAACACAGUAUAAAUUGCUGUGAUGGCGAACUUCACAUUUGGACCACAUUAGCUGCUUACUAUCAGGUAGGGUAUGGUCACUUUGACCAGCCCCUAUAAAAAAAUAUCCUUCCGACAUAUUAAUGUUAGGUUAGACUUUUUCUAACCUAACAUUGUACAUAACAUAAUGUCCACCUACUUGGAAAAAAGAUAUUGUUGUAGAAACUACACAUAUAUACCUACUUAAUAAAGUCGCAAAAAUGUUCUUUUUCAUAAGAUUAACUUUCGUACUUACGUAAAUGUACCGCAACGUACUCUGAAAGAUUAAUUUUCCGCAAGGUGCGGCCAUCUAGUUUAAUGAACCUUGGAAGCUGUGCACGUGGGUUGAUACGUUUUGUCAUAUUACCUAUACUAAGCCAUUUGGCAUGAUAUAUAUAUUUUAACUUUACCAUUUUGCAAAACAUGAAUUGUAUCAUGGGCUCUAUUAUAUUCAUGGUACUAUUCAUGUCUAUAGGUGAUAGUUAAUGCUUUCCAUCAGGUGAGCCAUCAGCUUGUUUGCUAUUCUAAUUUGUAUACAAAAAAAGUUACAUUCUAAGAGAUAAUGAAUGCUUGAUAUUGAUAUAGUGCUUACGUUGAAACCGGUAUAGUAAUUUUAUAUUUAAACAAAUGCGACUAAUUAUAUCCUGGAAAUUAUGGUGAAAAUAAUAUAUUUAAAUUAACUCUGAUUAUGAUUAACUAGAAAUGUGGAAUUUAAAUUAAUUAAGCUAAAUGUAUAUUUUAUUUAAUUACAGUAUCAAUAUUAAUAUAAUUUAAUAAACCAACAAUAACAGUAUAAUUAAAUCCUUUAUUUAUGUAAGUAUCAUAUAGCUGAUUUGUGCUAAAAAUUUAAUUGAUAGCUGUGAUAGAAAAAUGGUACCUACUAAAAUACUAUUUUUUCAAAAUAGCACGAAAAUUAUAAAAGAAAAUUUUACAAUGGAGAAUACUUAAUAAACAAAAGCAAAUGUUUAUUCUGAAUUUUUAUUUAUUUAUUCACAUUUUGUUAUUUAAAUUGACAAUGUUUUGCUUUUGCAAAUCAGUUUGUGAUUACAUAAAUUAAAUAAAUUAUUACUUAAGUCAUGAAUUAUAUGUGGAAAUAUUGCAGUGUAAAUUUAUUAAUUUUUUUUUUACAUUAUGAUCCUUUGUAAUAUUAAUAAUCAAUAUACACAUAUAUAUAAAUAUAUGUUACUGUAUAAUAUGAUUAAAAUAAAUAUUUACUUAACAUAGUUAAAUUAGUAACUAACAUGGAAAAUGUAAGUUUAAAUUAGCGAAAUGUGCUUUUUGAUAAUUUACAUGUAUGUAAGAAAUGUAAAUAAAAUUUUAUAUUUGUACUUAA